AUGAGCUGCGGCGGCGGCAGCUGCGGUGCGGCGGUGGUUGCAGGCCCUGCUCUCGGCGGCGCCGCCCAUCUGAUAUCCCUGCUCAGGAAGGCUGGCGCGAGCAGGCGGCGGGCGCGCCAGGUACACGCCCAGGCCGUCCUCCGGGGGCUCGCCGCCGUGCCGCGGCUGUACGCCGCUCUCGUCGGCGCCUACGCCAACGGCGGCGCCGCCGACGAUGAGGGAUUGAUGCUGCUCGCCGCCGCCGUGGCUCCUCCCUCCGCCACCGCCAGGCUCAUCGCCUAUACCACCCUCGUCGCCCACUUCUCCCGCCGGCGCUGCCAGCCCCUCAAGGCCCUCGCCCUCUUCUCCGACCUGCGGCGGGGGGGCCUCCGUCCGAAUCAGUUCACCUUCUCCGCCGUCUUCCCGGCGUGCGCCGCCGUGGGGGCCGUCGCCGCCGGGGAGCAGGUCCACGCCCUCGCGCUGAAACAGGGCCUCCAUCUCGACCUCUUCCCCGGCAGCGCCGCCGUCGACAUGUACGCCAAAUGCGGCGCCGUCGAUCUCGCCGGCAAGCUCUUCGGCGAAAUCCCCCACAGAAGUGCCGUCACCUGGAACGCCCUCCUGGUGGGCCUCGUUCACAACCAGCGGCACGCACAGGCGCAGGCCUUCUUCAGGGAGAUGAUGGCGGAGGGGGGCUCCGUCGUCCCCGACGAGGUCUCCUUCUCCAGCGCGCUCUGCGCGUGCGCCGCCGGCGCGGCCGGCGCCGCCUACGGACAGCAGGUGCACGCCGUUGUCGUCAAGCUCGGGGCGGACUCCGCCGUCUACGUGAGCAACGCCCUGGUGGACAUGUACGGCAAGCGCGGUUACCUCGCGGAGGCGGAGGGGGUCUUUGGCGGCGCCGCCACCAGGGACGCCGUCGCCUGGAACGCGCUCGCCAUGGCCUGGCUCCGGCGAGCACGCUUCGAGGAGGCCGGCAGCUGCUUCCGGGCCAUGGCGAGGGAGGGGGGCGUCUCCCCCGAUGAGGCUUCCCUCUCCACGGCCCUCCACGCCGCCGCGGCCCUAGCGGUGCCGCCGCUGGGGGCCUCCCUCCACGGCCAGGCCCUGCGGCGAGGCCUCGCCAGCGACCCCUCCGUGGGCAGCUCCCUGAUCACAAUGUACGCCCGCUGCGGCGACCUCGGCGCCGCUGCCGGCGCGUUCGGGGACCUGGAGCGCCAUCGCCGGAGCGCCGUCGCCUGGACCUCCAUGAUCGACGCCUGCCGGCAGCACGGCCGAGCCCGACGCGCCGUCGAACUCUUCGAGGAGAUGGUCACGGAGGGCCUGCAACCCGACUACGUCACCUUCGUCUGCGUGCUCUCGGCCUGCAGCCAUGGCGGCCUGGUCGACGAGGGCCUCGGGCUCUUCCACCGCAUGUGGGAGGCCCACGCCAUAGCUCCUGGGCAGGAGCACUACUCCUGCAUAGUAGACCUUCUGGGGAGGGCCGGAAGGCUGGCGGAGGCCCGCGCCGUUGCGGAGGAGAUGCCCAUCGAACCAGACGCCUCAGUGUGGGGGGCGCUGCUCGGGGCCUGCCGCUGUUACGGGGAGCUGGAGAUGGCGGAAGAGGUGGCGCAGAGGUUGUUCGAGAUCGAGCCGGAGAACCCGGGGAACUACGUGAUCCUCUCCGGCAUGUACCGCCGGCGGGGGAUGGCGGAGGCGGCGGAGGAGGUGAGGAGGAUGAUGGGGCUCCAGGGGGUGAGGAAGGAGACGAGUUGCAGCUGGAUUGACUUCGGGGGGAGCACCCAUGUGUUCAAGGUCCGCGACAGAUCGCAUCCCCGGAGGGAGGAGAUCUACCGGAUGCUGGCUCUUCUGCGAGACCUGGUGGGGAAGAGGAGGAAGGAGGAAGAAGUAGAAGAUGACGAUGACGACGACGACGACGACGACGACGAUGAUGAUGAUGAGAAUAACCUGUGGGGGCACAGCGAGAGGAUAGCCCUGGCAUUCGGUCUGGUGAGCUUGCCGGAGGCGGCGCCGAUGAGGAUCAAGAAGAACCUGAGGACCUGCGGGGACUGCCACGAGGUGUUCAAGUCGGCCUCGGAGAUCUUCCGGCGGGUCAUCGUCCUCAGAGACACCAACCGAUUCCACCACUUCGCCGCUGGCUCCUGCUCUUGCGGAGACUACUGGUGA